UGGGCCCACUUAGUUAUUUCGAAUUUUUCCACUCAACUCACUUCUGAAAUUAUAAAAAAUGUGGUGUGUAAAAAAUUAAAAAUCGCCCAAUUUGUAAAUCGAUUGUGGGGUUUUCUUUGUUUUUCCGACCGAAUCUAUUCAGGUACUAUGGACCAUGUGCUACGAACGGCAUCAUCGAUAUUCGCUCAACUUGGCGGACCAGCAAAUCCAUCGACGGCCAAAGAACUUCUCGAUAGAACAACUGCCUUUAUACAGAUCGUCGAAUCUAGCCCAUGUGCUCAUCAACUUCCUAAAUACGAUACCAAUGUUGUGAGGCUUCAAAUAAACGAUUUGCAACGAGAAGCUGCUGAAACUGGUUCGCCACUCACCAUCACAAACUACUUCACAAUCGUCGUACGGAAAAUGAUCGAGCAAGUGCUACAAGUGUUUUGCAAGAUAAUUGCAAGAUAUCUCACCGAAUGUGGUAACAAGGAUCGCUUGGUACUGAUCGCUCUCGAACAUCUUAUACACCUAGUACUAUUCGGAGAUGAUCUUUGUCUUGAAGCCAUUCAGAGUGGUGCGUUACAUUCAGUUCUGAAAUUGGUUCGACAAGCAUCAACACCUCCGGAAACCAAUAAACUGCUGUUGCGAGCGCUAGCCGUGCUCUGCGCUGUUUCAAAAGGAUGUUUAUCAUUGCUAGCGCUGGGAGGUCUCGAAGUAGUGCUAUCGCACCUUACCGGCAAUCAUGUGGGUUCGUCGAUCGAAGCCGCCGGUGUACUCACUCAACUCACAAACCCUCAACAUUCCUAUGUUCAACUACAAAACAUUGGACCAAUUCUUGUCAGACUGCUUGAUCUAAUUGAUGAAUGCACGACUGGAGAGACUCUCCUAUUGGUAUCAGCCGCGUUAGCAAACGUUUCGUUGCAGGACCCAGCGGCUAUCGACCUCCUGUACAGGCACAAUGCGAUCAUCCGACUGAUUAAUGCCUACAAUCGUCAAGAGUGCUCAACGAUAUUCGUACAAGAGCAGGUAGGGUUAGCGCUAUCAUCCGGAACAGCGUGUACUAGGGUUGCCUUUUAUAUUUUGAGAUUUGGCAAGACUAGUGUAGCAAUCUACGCGAUUUGUUUUGUUUACACUAAGUUAUAA